AUGUCGCUGUUUGACGGGACUAAAAUCGAGCCCGCUAGGUAUAGUGAUAAUCCCGAGUUUGAAGAAUGGCAUAGUGCUCUUAAAACAAAUUUAUUUGAGAUUAAUGGUCAUUUAGGUACAUUUCAACAGUUUAUAAAGGGGUUGGAGACUAAUUAUAGAAAUGGCAAGUAUACAACAAAAGUAGUAGAGAAUAUAAAUUAUAGGUCAAUCGAGAUAAUUAAUGUGGUUUCUCAGUUGUUUAAGGCGUCGAAUGCUUUGGUUCAGAAGGCCAAUGCGAUACACGAUUCAGAUUUAGAUAAAGCCCAGCUUAUAUCCAGAGAUAAGUUAAACAGGGACCUUAGGUUUUCAAUACAAGAGUUCCAAAAGUACCAGAUACAGUUUGCCAAUGUGACCAAAAAGAUCAAUGAACGUGCAAAAGUUGUAUUGGAUGAGCAACAAGUUCAAAAUGAGGGCAAGAAUGAUUUACUAGAAACGGACCAUGAACAACAAGAACAGCAAACUAUAAUUAUAGAACGGGAGCCCAUAAAUAACGAGGAAUUUGCAUAUCAGCAGAACUUAAUAAGAGAGAGGGAUGAAGAAAUCUCUAAUAUCGAGCGGGGGAUUAUUGAAUUGAACGAUGUAUUUCAAGACUUGGGCUCCGUUGUUCAGCAACAAGGGCAGCUUGUUGAUAACAUUGAAAACAACAUAUAUACAGUUGUUACCAACACUCAACAGGCCUCUAAUGAGCUAUUAAGGGCACGCAGACAUCAAAAAAAUACUAAUAAGUGGUGUCUAUACAUUCUUGUGGCCCUAAUAGGCUUCGCUAUCAUACUUUUAAUGGUUUCUUAG